UCCAAGUCAAUUUUUAGUAAGAUAAACGUUUUUAUUGUCUAAAAARAACUAAAAUCAUAAAUUCUAAGCGUCAAACUCAUUGAAAUAAUUUUGCAAUGUCGUUGAGAUGGGAACAAGAUCGAACGAUUGAUCAAAUUUUACAGUUUGAUGAAUAUGGAUUCGCGAUGUUUAAACCAGGUACAAACAAUGCUGAAGACGAUGAUCGCUGCCAUCAGUAUAAAGAUGAUUCGUUGGAAUAUUCCAGUAAAAAGACCAAAACAUGGAAGAGAAUCAUGGAGAACUUGGACAACAGUUCAAGUCGGUUCAUGUCUCCACAUCAUUUACRUCAGUCAAUGAAGUCUGGGGUACCAAAAGAAGUCCGUGGUGAUUUAUGGAACAAUCUUCUAGAUACUAAAGCCAUACGUGCAAACACUUCAUUCAAUUACCAGACUAGCCUUGAAGAGAUUCGUUGUAUGUUAGUUGACCUUGGUGUCAGUGAAUAUGGGGGUAGAAACUGCAUUCAGCGUCUUGGUUUUGUACUUGGAAAGUUAAAUAAUGCAGGAAUAGRUGAUAAUGAAGGCAGUCCUGUGUCRCUGCAAGAAAGAACAACAGCCAAGGCAGAAAUGAACCAUAAAAUUGGUGUCUUUAGACAAAUCAUGCUUGAUUUGGAGAGRUCAUUCCCGACGCACAGAAGAUUCAUGGAUGAAACAUCUGAAGGCAAAGAAGGAAGAGCUUCGUUAUUCCGUGUGUUAGCUGUAUACUCACAGUAUAACAAGUCAGUCUCCUAUUGUCAAGGGAUGUCGUACAUCGUUGGUAUGUUACUAAUGAACAUGGAUGAAGAGAAAGCAUUCUGGUGCUUGGUCUCUCUGUUUGAACGGCCCAAAUACCUGACUGGUUAUUUCGAUAACUCGCUCAGCAAGAUACAGCGACAUGCUUCAGUUUUUGAGGUGAUCAUGAAAGAGAGGAAAAACAAACUUUUUAAGCAUUUGGAUAAACAAGGCAUCAACCCUCUAAUGUACCUGACGCCGUGGUUCAUGUCUCUCUUUACAUCUCUACCUUGUUGGGACACUGUUCUUUUCAUAUGGGACAUGAUCUUCCUUGAAGGAGUGACUGUGAUCUUCCAGGUGGCUCUUGCACUACUCGAAGUUCUGUCAGAUUCACUUAUGGCGACGACAGAGAUGUGCCAAAAUCUUCCCCUUCUACUUCACCCACCUCCAGAAUUAACCAGCCGAGAGAGACUUGUCCCGGUCGUGUUCCGGUCACAUGUUCAAAAGUGGGAGAUCGAUUCCAUUCAAGCGGUCUUGGCCGAAAAGAAAGAAAAACAAGAUGCGAAUUCCAAGAAGCGCAACAAGAAAGAAACCAAGGAAAAUUCACCAAGUUAUAAAAGACUCAAACUACAAACAUCUGAAUACAGUAAAGAAGGAAAAUCCGUGUCAGUCUACCACGAGCCCCCGAUCAUCAGCCGCAUUGUAGACUACAUAGCCGCACCCCUCAGACAAGUGAUCGGCCUCGGGAAUUCAGCCAGCAGUAACCCGGCUGAUAUACACUCUAACGAAAUAGAGAUGAUUACAUUCUCAUCCAGUACGGGCCAGAGUCCUCCCGUACAGUCCGGGGGAUGCUGCACUUCCGCUCACGCAUCUCCUUUUUCUACAGUGAAUGCAGCUCUAUCUCCUAACUUUGUUGUAAGAGGUGCCAGUAGAUACCACACCAAAAGGUUAACGAGCCCCGCGCGGCGAAGUCCAAGACUACUAGCAAAACGACGAAUGCAAAUGAAGGCUUUCAACGCGUCUACUUCAAGUUUAGUAGGAAGUUCUGCCAAGAAUCAACAUUCAUUUCGUGUGUUCAACACCCCAACACCAUUACGUCACAAGUUGGACAUAAAUCACCACAGGAUUCCCAACACCUCUUGUCAGACAGACUCCCCAUCAUCCACAGCUGUGUUUUCACCUGACUUGUCUUUCACCUCAGAUGUUGAGUUGGUGGAGUUAAACCAGACGGACAAGAAGUUAAACUAUGACAAUAUUGAUGUUUAAUAAGUUUUAUACCUAAAUAUAUUGACCAAUGAAACAUACAUCCCUUGCCCCAGGAAACUUGAUUUAUGCAGUUGCCCUUCACAUACAUUGCACUAGCGCAAGAUACCUGCAUAUCAAUAUAUUACUAAUGACAGUAUGGUAAUCAAUGAAAGAUACAUCACUACCCCCUACCCC